UCCAGAGCAUCAUUACCAUUAUUAGCUGCAUUUCUUUCAUUCAUAAACGUGAUCUAAUCGGCUUAAAUAUCAGGCACUGGAAUGACACUCAAAGCUCACACGCCAUUUCUUUCUUUUGGGUUUGAUAAAUAAAUCUGGGAAGAAACCUCUGGGGAUGUUUCUUGUGCAUGUCUUUCUGCUUCUGCUGGAGCCGAGCCUUUGGCGGCUGAUCACAGGCAGCCCAACCGACGAAAACACGCGCCGGAGCGGCCAUGGCGAACAGGGAGAACCAGGACACAACGAGCACCACAAGGAUUCCUACAGCACUUUUGCUUCAGAAUUUCUGGUGUCUAGAUACCUUUCAGACGAAGGGUAUCCCUUCCCAACUGCACCACCUGUUGACCCCUUUGCCCGCAUUAGAGUCAGCGACUGUGGAGUAACGAAAGGCUGUAUCAGGUAUGGAAAGCCAGGCUGUGACGCGGAAACGUGCGAAUAUUUCCUGAGUUACAGGCGUAUCGGCACAGAUGUUGAGUUCGAGAUGAGUGCAGACACAGACGGCUGGGUUGCUGUCGGCUUUUCUUCUGACAAGAAAAUGGGAGGUGAUGAUGUCAUGGGCUGUGUCCACGAUGAUAACGGGCGUGUAAGAAUCCAUCAUUUCUAUAACGUAGGCCAGUGGGCCAAAGAGAUCAGGCGAAACCCUGCACGGGAUGAGGAGGGCCUCUUCGAGAACAAUCGGGUGACUUGUCGCUUCAAGCGUCCGCUUUACGUGCCACGCGAGGAAACUCUAGUAGACCUGCAUCUCAGCUGGUACUAUCUGUUUGCCUGGGGACCUGCUAUACAAGGUUCCAUAACGAGGCACGACUUCGACAACCCUCCGGUGUCUGACCACAUGAUCAGCAUUUAUAAAUAUGAGGACAUUUUCAUGCCCGCUACAGCCUACCAGACGUUUUCCUCCCCAUUCUGUCUCCUGCUGAUUGUGGCACUCACGUUCUACCUGCUAAUGGGAAGCCCAUAACCAUGAUGACAUACUAGUGGGAGACAUGAUCUCACCAUGAAAUCAGGCAGGGAUUGUUAUUAUGAAUUAAAAGCAUUAGAGACAGGCAGCAAUAAUAGAGUAAUAAUAAUAAUAAGAAAUAAUAAUAAUAAUAAUAAUAAUAAUAAUAAUAAUAACAAAUCUAUGUAUUGAAAAUAACAGGAAGAGUCAAUCAUCUGCAGCGAGCUAGUUUUAUGCAGUACAGACACAGUAGUAGGAAGAAAGCUAUAUUGCUAUAAAACAUAUUAAUCAAGCUCAGAGUUUAUAGAGAUGACGUCUUAGCUUUUUUUCUCACAAGUAUUUCUGGUAUUGCUGAUACGUUGUUGUAUUUUUUCAUGGCUUGUCAAAUCGAGUGCCAAAUACUGUAUAUGCAAGUGCCAGUUUGUUCACAAUAGCAUCACAGUUGCUUCCAGUAUCACUAGGAGGUUCCAGAGAGAAAAAAAAUACAUCAGUAACUUUUGACAAAGAAUUAGAAGCAGCUAUUAGUAUUACAGCAGACAUGUCUAGUAUAAUGACUGGGUAACAGACUGUAGUCCUUUAGUAUCUAAUAAUAUGGCAGUAAAGCCUAGUCUGUUUUUUUUAAAGCAAUGAAUUUAAACUUUAAGCCCACAUACAGAUGGCUUACAUACAGCCGCAACACAAGCCAGCCGCACGACAAUAGUAUUAGCAACUGCGAACCAUCUGAAGCAUGCCAGCAUUUUCUGAACCAAUUAACAGACACAAGUCUCUUCACUCGGGUGUGUCUGGUUUUAUGUGCUAUUUUGACUUUAUAUUUUUCUGUAACAUUAAUUUAUAUUCUACGUAAAUGGUCGACACCUUAUUUUGCAUUUACUAACUCAGUGUUUAUCUGCUACUGAUAUCUCAUUAUUAAACAGUGUAGACCACCCUG